CCACAGCAGCAGCACUCCCGCUGCACUCAACACCGAGCAGUGCUGUUUUACACCUCUGUUCUUUUCUUUACUUGCUACGAUGCUGACGGGUCACACAGGUGGAUGCUCUCUUUUUUCCCUGGCUGUUAUUAUUUCAGGUGUCCACCUCCAGAGAAAUGACAGCUCCGUCCAGCUCACCUCCGAGGGUCAGAUCUACAGGCCGAUCCUGGAGCCCUCUGAGGCCACUCCUCAAAUAGGGACCUACAUACUGAAAAACCAGGUUGGGGAACCCUGCAUCAAAGCCACCAUGGGAGUAGAGUAUAUCGUCAUCGAAAAGAAGAAGACCUGGUAUUUCAACCUGGAGCCCUCCAGGGUCCGGACCAGUGGCCACUGUGGCCAACAAAGUGCUGUUCUCUGUCUCACACUGCCAGACAACGCUACCAGUCUGCAGCUCACCUUCACACAGAUGAAGAAUCUUUUCUCCGUCACCACGCUGACUGCUCGUGUGUCCCCGCUGCCCGUCUGCCCAUUGUGUGCCAAUAAAACUUACUCAGGUUUGGUGUCCCAUGAGAAGCUGUUCACAGCGGCUAAUGGACAGAGCUUCAAGUGCAAAUCUGAGAGUCUGCUCGUGAUGUCGUCCGAGCUGCGGAUCAAGCUGGUUCCUCUGCAGAUACAGGCUUUCACUCUGCCCAAAGGGCAGUAUGGAACAGUGGUGGAGUGUUGGGCCGACUAUAACAAGCGAGUUAUUCCCGUGUUCAUCGGGGCCACAGUGCUGGGUCUCAUUCUGAUGGCUGUGCUGACACACCUGUUCAUCAGGGACCGCCGCAGACAAGGUUACGACAGGCUGUGAGCUUGUUAUGACUGGAUGGAUUUACUUCAACUCAAAGAAUAUUUCACACUCAGUUACUGUUAUGAAAAGUUCUCAAAAUUUCUUUCCAAAGAUGUCUAGUGUCUAUUCUACGUAUAAAUGCAAACAAUGGUGUAACAUUUAUCUAUUUGACUUUUGUCAAUUACAGAGCCUUUACUUGCAAUAGCAAUAUAAAUAAACCAUCAUAAGUGGUAUUGUCUAAUGCGAGUUAUCAUAAUAUAUCUCUUGAACAUAAAUGACUGGGAUACAGUUAAUUAGUUCUAGUUUUGCAGCUUCAUCACAGUUUAUCAG